AUGCUUGAAAGGUUGACACUCCGGGGCAGUCAUUCAAUUUCUGCAACAUUAGCUAAGGACGGAGCAUGUGACCUGUCCGGUCUAGCGUCAAUUGCCUUCACUCUCCAAGUCGUCUUUUCAUCACCGUAUAUCUUCCAGCAGUUUGCACAAUCUUGGUUUGCCCGCGUGAGCCGCAUCACGUUACCGCCUGUCAAUAUCACCAUGGGUUCCCGGAUCGAGGGUCUUUUGAAAAAUCUGCGCAAAGUGCCCGACGGCGAGAUCAUAAGCGAGGCGGAGUUCAAACAUCCACUAAGUUUCCUACAACCUUGGGGCUUUACCAUCUAUCGAACCUACUAUGAGCCCGGAUCUGAUCAGCGAUGGGACGAGCUGAUCCAGUCCAUCACCAAUGGCGCUAAGGAUGCAAUCAGAGGGAAUGUAAAACCUACCGAUGAUCCUGCCAUGAUUGCUAAAACGGAAGAACUCUUCAAACCUGAUGCUCGCUCAGAUCCUGCGGUCCUGGACGGCUUGGCGCUGGAAGAAGUACGGCAGCUUUAUCACAAUGGAACGGGAGGCCAGCCGAUGAAUACAGACAGGGACCCAUGGCGAAUCUUUAUAUUAGCGGAUAGGGAGGUGUUGACGAACCCUAACCUUGGCAUGAUCAAAUGUGUAGCAGCGGACUACGACGCCGCUGCUUGUGUGCCAAGGAAUCAGCGAUUUGGCCCACAGCGGUACUUUGGGUGA